AUGGCGUUGCUGUGUUGUUCCUUCACACGUUCUCUUUUUCUUCAACGAUUCCUCAGAUCGUCUUGGUCACUGGCAAUGUUGGCACGUAGUUCGUCUACUGUCGUGGCGCCAAACGACACCAAUGUGCUCCCAUUCUCAGCAAUUCCAGGCCUAAAAGGUAGCAUUCGAAAUAUUUUGGAGUAUACGAAAGGCUCGUUUUUUGACGUCGUUACGAAACGCUUCGAAAGAUAUGGUCCAAUUUACAGUGAGGAAAUACUCGGGACGCGAAUUGUGAACGUUUCUGACGUAGAAGCCACGAGCAAGGUUUUGCGCACUGAUAGAACUUUUCAAAUGCGUCCGGGCUUGCAAGCCGUGGAAGACGCAGGGGACGAAAUUAAUCCCGACACAGGUUUUGGUCCGAUCUCGAACGACUAUGAAAAAUGGUAUCAUGACAGAUCGCUGCUGGCGCCGAAGCUGAAACGUCUAAAGGAUGCCCUUGAAACAUUGCCUAUAUUAAAUACUGUAGCGGAUGACUUUGUGAGGAGAAUGCAGCAACAAUCGCGGCGUGACGGGACGAUAAAUAACAUUGAAGAGCAGUUUACGUACUGGAUUAUUGAGGCGAUCGCCGCGGGCUUGUUCAAUGAGCGUCUUGGUUUCUACGAUCAACCUCCAGAUCCAGAUGCAGUUGUGUUCGUGAA